UCCUUGCAGUGAAAACUUACUAGGAAAUCUGGUAAAAGGUAACCUAGCCAACAACUAAAUAUGAAAUAUUAUAUGUUCCUGAGUGCAGUGGUUACCUUGUUAUAUGUUGUUUCGGCUGGAAAUAUCGACGUCACCACAAAUAGUGGUGACAUUAUGGGCUAUGAACAUAUAACCAUUUUUGGUGGAAAAGUCUUUGUUUUCACUGGAAUUCCAUACGCAAAGCCGCCCGUCGGUGAACUACGAUUCAAGAAGCCGAAACCUAUAGAAAAGUGGAAGGGAAAAAUAAAUGCUACAUCAAAGCCUAAUGCUUGUUUUCAGAAGAGAUUUCAGAAAGAAGAAAACAACAACCCAAUAGAAAAUUUCUGGAAAAUGAAAAGCCAGAUCAGUGAAGAUUGUCUUUACCUCAAUAUCUUUGUGCCUGAAAAUUCAACUUUGAGUAAAGGUUCAACGGCUAGAAAAGAACCUGGUAAUCUCUUACCAGUUAUGUUUUUUAUCCAUGGUGGAAACUUUGAAACUUCUUCAGGGUCUCUAGAUAUCUUUGAUGGAUCCAUUCUGGCAGAUAGGAUGGACGUGAUAGUAGUUACCAUGAAUUAUCGUCUAGGUCCAUUCGGUUUCAUGUACAAUAAUGAAAACCUGGAAAUGGCACCUGGUAACCAGGGACUGAUGGACCAACAGGUGGCAUUAGCGUGGGUCAAAGAUAAUGUUAUGAGCUUUGGUGGUGAUCCUAAAAUAAUAACCCUGUUUGGAGACAGCACUGGAGCUGCUAGCAUUGGUCUUCAUUUAAUGAUGAAAGGAAGUAAAGGAUUGUUUACUAGAGCCAUUAUGGAAAGCAUGAGUCCUUUAUAUCCAGGUAUAUCUCACAGUGAGGAAGAAGCAAUGAAAAUUACUAGUAUUUUCUCUAAAAAAGCAGGUUGUUCCCCUAAGAUAUCAGAAGAUAUGAUGACAUGUCUUCGCGGCAUGGACCCAGAAAAAUUGAUUGCAGCAACAGAAGAACUAAUGAAAGAAGGAUACGAAUCUCCUUUUAUACCAACGUAUGGUGCUAAGAAUAAUAUUAUAUCCAAACCUCCACUAGAACUGGCAGAAGAAAAGAUGUUCAAUGCAGAAGAAUUACUGAUUGGAUCUAAUCAAGAAGAAGGAUCAAGAGCUUUGAGAACUAUUAUAACUGAAAAGAUUAAUGGCGUCACUCGUGAAGAAGCAACUUCCAUUCUUCAGAAGGUUCUUCCAGUCAAUAAGAUGAACUUUGCUCCUAAAGUGGUUGAGCUUUACAUGAAAAAUAUUGAACCAUCUAGUAAAGAGAUGAACUUAGAAGCACUCAGUUACGCUCUUGGAGACUAUUUUUUCAACUGUCCGACACUAUUUUUUGCUGAGAAAUUUAGCAAAAGUGGAAGAAAUGUCUACUACUAUAUGUUCAAUUAUCUUCCGAAAAGAUUUCACUCAACGAAUGAAUUUAGUCACGGUGAUGAAGUUGAGUUCAUAUUUGGUCUACCGUUGAAGUUAAACGAAUACACUUUUUCGGAAAACGAACUUAGUUUGAGAGUGAUGUUGCACUUCACCACAUUCGCAAAACGAGGUAAUCCUUCUUUGGUGAGUGACGAGUGGCCUAGAUUCCAAGAAGAAUGGCCUGCAUACCAAGAACUUAACACCCUCGUCCCAAAUUUUGCGUUUGUUUAUAACCAUUUGCAUUGCGACAUAUGGAGAGAAAUUCUCAAAUCGAACUGAAAAAUUUAAUGCAGUGUUGAUUCAGUUUCAGUUUUCUGAAGUAUCUCGCUUUGUGUCGAAUACGAUACUGUCCAGCUGUACGCGUCUUUUGAAAUUGAUAAGUUUUAUUUUGCUCUCUAAUAUCAGGCACUGGAUUUUAUAAUAACAAUAAAAAACAUAACCAUAUAUCUGUUUGCAUUUUUUAGUUCU